AAGUUGCUGUCGAAGAAGUGGUGGAACAUUCAACACUAGAUACCAAUAACGAACACAUCUAACGCAACAUUCGUACUUGUACAAGAACAGUAAAAGUGAUCGAUACAAAGUCACAAUGCCACCAAAUCAAAACACACCAAACAACCAAUCAGAAGUCCUGAGAAUCGCAAUCAUCGGUCAGAGUCCCUUCGCCGUGGACUGCAUGAACCUGCUCAAACAGCACGGCCACAUAAUCGUCGGAGUCUUCACCAUAGCUGACAAAGGAAAGAAGGAAGACCCACUCGCUAAAGCGGCACAAGAGUGCGACAUCCCGACGUUCAAGAUCAAAGCAUGGAGGAGACAGGGCAAACCGAUACCGGAAGUCCUAGACACUUACCGCAACGUCAACGCGGACCUGAACGUCCUCCCUUACUGCUCCCAGUUCAUACCGAUGGAGGUGAUCAACCAUCCGAGGUACAAGAGCAUCUGUUACCAUCCCUCCAUCUUGCCGCGACAUAGAGGUGCCAGCUCCAUCAACUGGACCCUGAUUUGCGGGGACAAAAGGGCCGGCCUCAGCAUCUUCUGGGCCGACGACGGCCUGGACACCGGCCCGAUUUUGUUGCAGAAGGAAACUGACGUACUCAUCGACGACACGGUUGACACGUUGUACAAGAGGUUCCUGUACCCCGUGGGGGUGACAUCGGUUGCCCGGGCCGUCGACAUGGUGGCCGACGGCUCUGCCCCGCGAAUCGUGCAAACCGAAAAGGGGGCCACGUACGACCCGAUGCUCAACAAGCCGGAGCUGCAGAAGAUUGACUGGACCAAAACGGGUUUGGAGCUGCACAAUUUCAUCCGCGGAAUGGAUUCGGUGCCGGGGGCUUCUUGCCUCUUAAAACUGCCGGGGAACGGCGAGUACCAAGAGGCCCUGCUCUUCGGCUCGAGCCUGUGGUCGUCCGACAAGCCGGAGGGGCAGGAAAUACAAAUAGAAGGUGCAACCCCCGGUUUAAUUCACGAAGACGGUCUUCUAUUGACUGGGUCGGACGGCAAAUACGUGAACGUGACCAAAGUAAAAAUCGGCGGUAGGAUGAAGAACGCCGCCACGCUGGACCAGGCCCAGAAGCAGGUGGCAAUCGAGUACACACCGGAUGAGAAGCAACUCAUUGAAAACGUGAGGGCAAUUUGGGAGAACAUCCUCAGCACAGAAAUCGAAGAUGAGUCUGACUUCUUUGAGUGCGGUGCAGGGUCGAUGGAUGUGGUCAGGUUGGUUGAGGAAGUCAAGGACCUGUUCAAGACUGAGCUGGAGAACGACGACGUGUUUAUGGCGCCGGUGUUCUCUGAGUUUUGCCUCAAUGUGGUGCAAAAGAGCCGCGGCGGCUCAGGAAGCAUGGAGGUCGAAUACAGGGCGGUAGAAAUGGAGGUGAACAAAAUGAAGAUUAAGUUCCCUUGUCAGUUGUUCAUCAACGGCGAGUUCGUUGAUGCUGAAGACGGCAAAACCCUCCCCACAGUUAAUCCAGCCAAUGAAGAAGUCAUUUGUAACGUUCAAUGCGCAAGCAAAAACGACGUGGACAAGGCGGUGAAGGCGGCCAAAAGAGCCUUCGAAACAGGCGAGUGGAGCAAAAUCAACGCCAGGGAACGUGGCCAGCUCCUCUUCAAGCUUGCUGACUUGAUGCAAGAGCACAAAGAAGAGCUGGCAACCAUCGAAUCCAUCGACUCAGGGGCCGUCUACACGUUGGCCCUCAAAACGCACAUAGGAAUGAGCAUUGAAACUUGGAGGUACUUCGCAGGUUGGGCGGACAAAAUUCAAGGCUCCACCAUACCGGUAAACCACGCCAGGCCCAACAGGAACUUGACCUUCACCAAGAAGGAGCCCAUUGGUGUCUGCGGUUUGGUCACACCCUGGAAUUAUCCUUUGAUGAUGUUGAGUUGGAAGAUGGCAGCUUGCUUGGCUGCCGGCAACACUGUGGUGAUUAAACCCGCCCAGGUUUGCCCGUUGACCGCCUUGAAGUUCGCCGAACUGGCCGUCAAGGCUGGAAUUCCUCCAGGUGUCAUCAAUGUCCUGCCAGGAACUGGUUCUGGAACUGGUAAUGCCCUUGUCACCCACCCACUGGUAAGGAAGUUGGGUUUCACCGGCAGCACCGAAAUCGGACAGGUCAUCAUGAAGGGCUGCGCCGAGUCAAACUUAAAGAAGGUUUCUCUAGAAUUGGGUGGCAAGUCGCCCCUCGUGAUAUUCUCCGACUGUGACCUAGAUAAAGCUGUGAGACUGGGAAUGCAAAGUGUCUUCUUCAACAAAGGGGAAAACUGCAUAGCGGCAGGUCGUAUCUUCGUCGAAGACAGGAUCCACGACGAGUUCGUCAGGAGGGUGGUGCAGGAGACCAGGAAGAUCGCCAUCGGCGAUCCAUUAAAUAGAUCGACGUCCCACGGUCCCCAAAAUCAUCUGGCCCAUCUGAACAAGCUGCUCAACUACGUGGACAUCGGUAAGAAGGAGGGCGCCAAGCUGGAGUGUGGCGGAAGACGUCUCGACAGACCUGGCUACUUCUUCGAGCCCACAAUCUUCAGCAACGUGGAAGAUCACAUGUACGUGGCCAAAGAGGAGUCCUUCGGGCCCAUCAUGAACAUCAGCAGAUUCAACAACGGUGACAUUGACGGCGUUUUAAAACGGGCCAACGCCACAGAAUACGGUCUUGCUUCUGGGGUCUUCACCAAAGACAUUUCCAAAGCUUUGAAAUUCGCCGAAAAAAUCGAAGCUGGCUCAGUUUUCGUCAAUACUUAUAACAAAACGGAUGUGGCGGCUCCGUUUGGAGGCUUCAAACAGUCCGGUUUCGGAAAGGAUCUGGGACAGGAGGCUCUAAAUGAAUAUUUGAAGACCAAAUGUGUUACCAUUGAGUAUUAAUUUGUUGGUUUUUAUUUGUGUAUGUCUUGAUGUGUAUUAUAUUAAUAUGUUGAUUUAUUUUAAGUUUAUAUUUAAUAAAUUUGGACUAGGAUAAGUA